ACCGUAAAUGCUGUUUAAACCCUUUGAACUGGAACCUGGGUCCUCUGUUCUGUUUUCUGUUAUCGUUGGCACACUGAUCACUACCAAGAUGAAAGCGUAUCGCGACAUCUUCAGUCAACUUUACAUUGUAGAAACGCGUGCAAGUGGCGUCGUUUUAAAACAUUUUGUACUUGGGAUCAGCUUGUGCAUGAUGUUAGCCUACAGCAUGUAGGACUAAGCUGGCUUUUUACAGUUGGGCAGAUUUUAUUGACUGUAGUGUUAGUCAAAAGCUGGUACUUUUUCAGAUGUACAUACUUUCUGUACUAACCACAAAUAUUCAGAUCUAGUAUUCUACAAUUGCCUUGGUUUUUCCAUCUUUCUCUGGCAGCUAUCAGACUGAGUAGAGGAGAGGCAUCAUGUACUCAGAGUGGCGGUCCUUGCAUCUGGCGGUUCUGGGCGACCAGGGGCACCUGAGCGUCCUGCACAGCUACCCCCCGGCGGUGGGGCGCGAAGUGGCCAACGCGGUGGUGCGCCCCCUGGCGGCGGCUCCCGUCUCCGACGGCGUCCUCAAAACCGACAAAGAGGUGAAAUGGACGAUGGAGGUGCUGUGCUACGGCCUGACUCUCCCCCCGGACAGCGAGACGGUGAAGAUGUGCGUGGACGUGUACACGGACUGGAUGAUGGCCCUGAGCUCCCCCCGCGGCCCCAUCCCCCAGCCCGUCGCCAAGGAGCCCAACCUGUACGUCCAGACCAUCCUCAAGCACCUGUACAACCUCUUCCUGCCCAGGUCUGAGCAGUACAGCCCGAGUCACUAUCGGCUGUGCCAGCUCGUGCUGGUGGCGGUGCAGAAGCUGGCGCGGGAGUCGGGCAGCAUGGCGCGGGAGACCUGGGAGGUCCUGCUCCUCUUCCUCCUGCGCAUCAGCGACACGCUGCUGGCCCCGCCCACCGUGGGAGGUGGCAUCGCGGAGAAGCUGGCGGAGAAGCUGGUGAGCGUGCUCCUGGAGGUGUGGCUCCUGGCCUGCGCUCGCUGUUUCCCCACCCCACCGUACUGGAAAACCGCCAGGGAGAUGCUGGCUAACUGGAGGCACCACUCCCCCGUGGUGGACCAGUGGAGCAAGGUCAUCUCCGCCCUCACUUCCAGGCUUCUGCGGUUCACCUACGGUCCCUCGUUCCCUGUGUUCAAAGUUCCGGACGAGGACGCCAACCUGAUCCCGGCUGAGAUGGACAACGACUGCGUGGCCCAGACGUGGUUCCGCUUCCUGCACAUGCUGAGCAAUCCGGUGGACCUGAGCAACCCGGCCAUCGUCAGCACCACGCCCAAGUUCCAGGAGCAGCUUCUGAACGUGAGCGGGGUCCCCCCGGAGAUCAUCCAGCACCCCUGCCUCAAGCAGCUCCCCCAGAUCUUCUUCAGGGCCAUGCGGGGGGUCAGCUGCCUGGUGGACGCCUUUUUAGGGGUCUCCCGGCUCAAGUCGGACAGUUCCCCGCCCACACCCGUCAACAGACUGAGCAUGACCCAGCCCCCUGCCACCACGGCGACCACGCCCCCGCCCAACCGCAGACACAGGCCCACCGUGGUCAGCAGAAACUCCAGCAAGGGCUCCACGGGAAACCUCUCCCACCCUAAAGCCUCGCAGCAGAGCUCCACCUCUCCGCUGUCCAGCCCCAGCCAGGCCAGCGUGGAGCCCCGCCCCCUGCCCGCCCCUUCCAGGCCGAAGGUCAACAGCAUCCUCAACCUCUUCGGCCAGUGGCUGUUCGACGCCGCGCUGGUGCACUGCAAGCUCUACAACGGCGUCAACAAGGACCACAGCAUGACCGCAACUUUUAUCCAAAUUCUUCUUUCUUAUAAAUCUUCCCUGGCCUCCCAGGCGGGCGUGGAGCUCCGGCGGAAUGGGUCCCGCAUGUCCUCGGGCUCCAUGGUCUCCAACCCCCUGUUCGACGUCAACGAGUUCCCCGACAACUACGAGGCGGGCCGGGCCGAGGCCUGCGGCACGCUCUGCAGGAUAUUCUGCAGCAAGAAGACCGGCGAGGAGAUCCUGCCCAUCUACCUGUCCAGGUUCUACAUGGUUCUGAUCCAGGGCCUUCAGACCUCAGACUCGGUCUGCCUGCCUGUUCUGGCCAGCAUCAUCCUCAACUCCUCCGCCCUCUUCUGCUCGGACCUAAAGGGCAUCAACCUGGUGGCCCCCUACUUCAUCUCCGCCUUGGAAACCAUCCUGCCGGACAGGGAACUGUCCAGGUUCAAAGCCUACGUCAACCCCAUUGAACUGAGGCGGUCCUCCAUCAGUAUCGUGCUGUCCAUGCUGCCUCUCCCACACCAUUUUGGCAACAUCAAAUCUGAGGUCCUUUUGGAGGGAAGCGACGACGGGCUCCUCCAGGACAAGGCCUUCACCUUCCAGUCCCUCAAAGUGCGGCUCAUCAAAGUCCUGAUCGGGGCCCUCCAGGCCGAGACCGACCCUCACAACACGCAUAUGGUCCUGGGUGCGAUGCUGAACAUUGUCCAGGAUUCGGCCCUGUUAGAAUCGAUAGGGCCACAGAAUGAAAUGGCCAGUGUGGACAGCAGCUACACUUCCAUGAGGAGUCACAGCCGCAACAGCAGCGGUAUGAGCACGGCUAGCGGGGGGAGCUCUGAGGCCACCACCCCGGAGGCAGAGCGCAUGGCACAGGCCCUCCACCGAGACUACGACAUGGCCGCCGGCUUGCUCACCCAGUGCAUCCACCUGGUGACCCAGAAGCUGUCGUCCCAGUGGCGGCCCGACAUGAGCGUGUCCCUGGCCGCCCUGGAGCUGCUCUCCGGCCUGGCCAAGGUGAAGGCAGGGGUCGACACAGCGAACAUGAACCAGGCGGUGGGCGCGGUGUGCGCCUACAUCGUGCACCAGUGCAGCCGCCCCGCCCCCCACCACUCGCGGGACCUCCACUCCAUGAUAGUGGCGGCCUUCCAGUGCCUGUGCGUGUGGCUAACGGAGCAUUCGACCAUGCUGGGGGAGAAGUACUGCCUAAUGGAGGUCCUGGAGAUCGUGGAGCUGGGAAUAUCGGGGAGCAAAUCCAAGACUGGCGACCAGGAAGUGAAGCACAAAGGGGACAAGGAGCUUAACCCCGCCUCCAUGAGGGUGAAGGAGGCGGCAGAGGCCACUUUGUCCUGCAUCAUGCAGGUGCUGGGGGCGUUCCCGACGCCCAGCGGCCCCGCCUCCCCCUGCAGCCUGCUGAACGAGGACACGCUGAUCCGCUGCUCCAGGCUGUCCGCCACCGGCCGCAGCAACUUCCGCUACUUCGUCCUGGACAGCUCGGUCAUCCUGGCCAUGCUGGAGCAGCCCCUGGGGAACGAGCAGACAGACCCCUGCCCGUCCCUGACCGUGCUGAUCCGCGGGACGUCCGGCAGACACGCCUGGACCAUGCAGCUGCACCACCAGCCCAGAGCGGCGCGGGCCAGCCAGAAGGUGUUUGUUCCUGAGAGCCGGCCGUCCCCUAAGAAUGACGUGGGAACCCACUACAAUGUGAAACACAUGUUCUUCCCUGAGGAAGCGUAUAACAUUCCCUUUGUGAAAGCAGACGUGAGCAUCCCAGACCUGGACGACAUUGUCAGCCCGGAGCUGGGGGUCCAGCACGAGCGGCUGCAGAGCAUGAUGGAGCAGCAGGUGGAGUACGAGUCCUCUCUGGAGCAGCAGCGCCAGGACCUGUGGAACAGCAAGACCUUCCCGGACCCUCAGGUCGACUGCAAGCCCCCUUCCCCGGCCCAGGAGUUCCAGACCGCCCGGCUCUUCCUCUCCCACCUCGGCUUCCUCUCCCUCGAGGCCUUGAAGGAACCCGCCAACAGAUGCCUGCCUCCUCACCUGGUCGCGCUGGACUCGGCCCUGCCGGGCUUUUUCGAGGACAUCGAGUACCUGGACCUGCUUCCCUGCCGCCCCUUUGACACCGUGUUUAUCUUCUAUGUGAGGGCGGGGCAGAGGAGCUAUCAAGAGAUCUUGAAGAACGUGGACUCUUCGGCCAACGUUCAGCCCCACUUCCUGGAGUUCCUGCUGUCCCUGGGCUGGCCGGUGGACGUGCACAAACACCCCGGGUGGACGGGGAACAUGGAGACCAGCUGGUCCAUCAACGGCUGCGGGGACGGAGAGGCCCAGCAGCAAGCAGAGGACGCUGUAGCGCUGGAAGACAGCGGAGGGGGCGUGUUCAACGGUGAGAAGAGAGUGCUGUACUACGCGGACGCCCUGACGGAAAUCGCCUUUGUGGUCCCGACCUUCAGCGACUCCUCCGCAGCUGAUUCGUCAGAAAACAGCGAGCCCCCCGUGGAGACGGACUCCCAGAUGGACCCAGCGCCCGUUGCGCCCACACAGCUGAACCUGACGCUGGACCUCAUCCCCAGCCAUUCCGACAACCUGAUGGGACCCCCGCAGCGGAGCCCCUCGGUGAGGUCUAAGAAGCUUCCCUCAGGAAAAUCGGUACCACCUCUGGGCCCGGAGACAAAGGUUCUGGUGGUUUGGGUGGAGAGCUUCGAUGACAUCGAGAGUUUCCCCCUCUCAGAUCUCCUGGCAGAGACCAGCACGGGGUUGGAGACGGCCUUGAACAACAGCGCCUCCUGCAGGUCCCUGGGAGCGGAGAAGGACGUGCCGGUCCUGUUCAUCCAGCCCCUGCGGACGGGCCUGUUCCGGAUCCGGCUGCAGGGCGUGGCGGGGAAGCUGAGCACGGUGAUCCCGCUGGUGGACGGGAUGGUGGUCAGCAGGAGAGUGCUGGGCUUCCUGGUGAGGCAGACGGUGAUCAACGUGUGCUGGAGGAAGAGGCUGGAGUGCGACUCGUACAGCCCGCCGCAUGUGCGGCGCAAGCACAAGAUCGCCGACAUCGUGGGCCGCUACCGCAACAAGCAGCUGGAGCCCGAGUUCUACACCGCGCUCUUCCAGGAGGUGGGAGGGAGGAGCCCCAAUCUGUGACCCGCAGACAGGCAGGCUUUACCCGGGCUGUGCAGGCUCUACACGGGCUGCGCAGACUUUACACGGGCUGCGCAGACUCUACACGGGCUGCGCAGACUUUACAAACUGUGCAGAGUUUACAAACUGUGCAGAGUUUACAAACUGUGCAGAGUUUACUUUGGCUGCGCAGACUUUACAAACUGUGCAGAGUUUACAUGGACUGCGCAGACCUUACGUGGGCUGCGCAGACUUUACAAACUGUGCAGAGUUUACUUUGGCUGCGCAGACUUUACAAACUGUGCAGAGUUUACUUUGGCUGCGCAGACUUUACAAACUGUGCAGAGUUUACAUGGACUGCGCAGACAUUACGUGGGCUGCGCAGACUUUACAAACUGUGCAGAGUUUACAUGGACUGCGCAGACAUUACGUGGGCUGCGCAGACUUUACAAACUGUGCAGAGUUUACAGGGGCUGCGCAGAUUGUGCAGUCUGUACACAGGCUGCUCUGGCCUUACACUUCCUGCGCAGACAUUAAACAGACACUUUUUAUACGCAGCGUGACCUGCGGAGAGGCAGACUUUACACACGAUCUGCGCAGACAUAAUAUGAACUGCGCAGAUGUUUACAGACAGCGCUUAACACGGACUGCACGGAAAUAUCGUAUUUAUUUUCUUAAAAUGGGCAUUUGACCACUACAGAAUUUCAAGCAAAAGUUCACACGCGGACACAAGAGGGGUCCUGUUGGGCACUCACUGGUUUAAGCAGCUCCGUCACACGCACCCUGGAUCUUCUCUGUAGUGAUAAUCAACACAGUACUGGUGUAUAUUUCCCUCUCUGUUUUGUUCAUUUGUGGUGAAAGUUGGGAAGAAGUCAGUUCCAAAUAUUUAUGAAAUAAACCCUUUCGAUACCGCCCUUCCUCCCAAAAAAAUAAUCCCUGGCAAUGUCUGGAAUUUAAAUUUCUGUAUUCUCAGGAAGUUUAAGACUUUUUUUGUGUUAGCAUUCGUUUUUUGUAUUUGGUGCACUUCAACAGACUGACCUCCACUGUAGGCAUUAAUAUUGGCCAUUUUAGACAGUGUUCACCGGUUUCCAUUUUGGUUCCAUUUGUUCUUGCACUGAAACAGUUGGCAUUUUCCUGAGCAGUGUCUCACCAAAAGUCAUUUGGAAGCGGCGCGGCCCAAAUGACACGGCAUCACGUGACGCAUCGUCACGGCAACGUGCAAAUCCCCCUCAUGCCCCCCCCCCCACUCCCCCCGGCAUGGCUUCCUCUGCCUACGGAUUCGGGUUCACCGCUGGUUUUGGGAACGAGAAGCCGACUGUCCCCUCUCCUUGUCCAUCCCCCCCCCCGCAUCCCUCCGGAGAUCAAAGUCUGCACGUGGUGGAGAUCUCGCUUGUUCGGAGAAACGAGUUCCUGUCUUUAAGCUCUUGGUGUUUUGACUCGGGCAUCUGACUGGGUCUUUUUUUUGUGCGUUUAAGGGCUUAAGUCGCGCGCGCAUGCUCGGUUAGGGUCAGCCACAACCUCGUCUUUAGAAGGCCUUUGUUACAUUCUGCUGGAAGGUGUGUGGAAGGUCUUGGUCAACCUGAUAUUUUUUUAAUCUGUAUUUUUAAUGAAAGUAAUGGCUUCUUCCCCCUUUACUUCCUGAUUAUAUCUGUGAUCGACCUACUGAGCCUGAUUUUAAGUUUUCAGUCUUUAAAAUACCUGCUAGUGCAGCUUCCUUACAUUUAGCUUUUUAACAUUGUUACUUUUUAUGUUGGAUUAUUCAUAACUGGACAACCAACCACCUUUACCUGGUGUUGAUUUAAACUUUUUAAAAAAUCUUAUUCUUGCCAUAAUUAUUUCAGGUUUUUUUUUUUUUUUUUUUUUUUUUAACAAAUUGGUGUUAUUUACUCAAUAGGCCAAACCCUACUACUUAAUAAGGAAUUAUGUGAAUGAAGAUUAUAGGUCUGUUUAGGAGAUACAUUUUAUCUUUUGUUGUGUUGAAAUAAAAAGUUACAUGUGAAACUGAAUGCGUUGUGCCUGCCUCUUAAACAACCACUGGAAGAUGAAAUGUUGAAGACGGCGUGCUAGAAAUUAGUGUACAAUCUCAGUUUCGACAAGGCCAAAACUUGAUGUUCCUUUUUCCUGUUUCACAACUUUUUUCCCUCUGUAAAUAAGGAAAAUUUUAACUCUAGUUGUAUAGAAAUGAAGGACAAUAUGUAAAUAUUAAUUUGUGAAGUAUAUUUCUGUUGCCUGUCCACCAGGAGAGGGAGAGGAGACUUAUGUUUGUAUUUAUGCCAGUCACGUGUCCAAAAUAAACUCAUUGGAUAUUGAAUGUAACGCACAUGCAUUGAAUAAAACCUUUCUGAGAUGGCCUCAUA